GGGAUAUCCUACAAGCAACUUCUGAGUACGCAUCCUCUACAUGCCCAAACGUGUUGCUAGAUAUAAAUACUAUCUUUGUAAAUUAUUAUCGGAUCUUUUAGUACUCGCUCUCACAAUACUAUUUAUUUUGUCCCGUACGACCGAAUAAUGAAAGGCCAUUUUAAGUUGUACUUAAAUAUCGUGUCAUCUCUAUCAUUUUACAAUGAAUUUGUAGUGACAGAACUAUACUUAAGCGCGUCUUAAAAUUAAGUGUAGUUUGAAUAUUUGGACAUUAGUGUUUAAAAAGACAUGUAGAAAGAAUGGAUGAAAGUAGAGUAACGAAAGAAGUAUACAGAGCGGAUAUGAAUGGGGCCGUUGGUAGAGGGCGCCCUAGACUGACAUAUAGUGACCAGAUUGGCGAUAUACUAAAGAAGGGCCAAAUUAAAAGUACCCUUAACCGACGAGCAUUCAUGAAAAGAUUGAUGACUGUUGAUGAAACGAAAGAGGAAUGUAGGAAUCGCAGUAAUUGGCGUUCCAUAAUCUCUUCCUCCAUGGGAGACAGGCGUGAAGUUAUGUAUGUAUAUAUGUUUAAAAAGUGUGUGAGAAUUAAUAGCAAUAAAAGAUAAAAUAAAGACAGAAAGAAUACGCGAUGCAUGUUGAGAACGAAUCACCUUUUCCUUAAAACCUCAAGAUAUUAUGAAUUAGCAGAUACCUAUAAUGACUAAACACUAAGAAAUACCCAAUUGAACCGUUACCUCGUAGGUACACACCUCCAAUAAUUAAUACGAGAUAUGAUAUUCGCAGAGGGUAAACCCCAUCGGACUCAUUUAUUGCGUGAGUCGAUAUCUUCGAGGGCCGAGCAUCUUGCCCCUCCCCGCGUGCAUUUGUUAGUAAACUUGCUCGACGGGCCGUAGUAAGGGCGUCACAAACGCUGCGCCCGCGCAAACUUCGAUCGAGGCAGCAUUCAAUCGUGAAGUAGCGUGCGAAGCGGAUCGCUCAGCGGUGACGGUCGCGCGCUUUCAGUUUACGAAUUGCGACUAGUUGACAGUUCUAGUGGACUUUAGAGUUCAAGUUGAAGAGUAAAGUGAUGUCGAAGGAUAAUCAGAGGUUUAGCCGGCUGGGCGUCCUAGCGCCAGCUGCCCUGUCCGCCUGCAUGGAUGCCUCCGUGCUGGCGGUCCCGGCUGCCGGGGCCAUCGUCUCCACAGUCCUCAAGGAGCUCAGCAAGGCGUUCAUGCUGAAAAAAUGGUUCCACGGCGUAAUGUCUGCGAAAGAAGCGGAGCUGCUUAUCAUGCAAAAGGGGAAAAACGGCUCCUUCCUCGUGAGGGAGUCUCAAGCUCACCCUGGAGAGUACGUGCUAUCUGUUAGAGUAAGGGGGAGAGUCAGCCACGUCAUGAUUCGAAGACAGCACGAUAAAUACGACGUCGGCAGUGGAGAGCAAUUCGACGAUUUAGUUGGAUUAAUAGAACACUUUAGGUUGUACCCUAUGAUUGAGACUUCUGGCGACGUGCUGCGACUCCUGCAGCCGGUCAGCGGUACCCGACUCAGAGCACAUGACAUUGACCGCAAGGUGCAGGAAAUGCAGGAGAUUGAAGACUACCAGAAGUUGGACAACAAAUGCGGCUUCGAUGGAGAGUUUCAGUCGCUGAAGAUGUUGGAAGAUCGACACGUAUUCACAAACUUUGAGGGAACCAGACCAGAGAACGCGCCGAAGAACCGAUAUAGAAAUAUAUUACCAUAUGAUCAGACGCGUGUGGUGCUUCGUCGGCGAGACAAUAGGCCGGAGUCAGACUACAUUAACGCGAGCUUUGUCAGAUCUUCACGACUCAGCGACUCCUCCUCCUCCGUACAGUCCUCCAAUGAGAGCCUGGACAGUGUUCAAUCCCUGAUACUGAACAGUGAGUCAAAGAAGGCACCACCUUUAGUUUCCAAGUCCCUUUCAGACGAAGCUUUGAGGGAAGUGAAAAAGUGUUUAAAACUCGACAAAAUUAAUGGCAACCUCUGUCGCGACGUAACAGUAAAAGACAAAACUUACAUUGCUGCUCAAGGCUGUCUCUCCAACACAAAAGAUGACUUCUGGCGCAUGAUAUGGCAGGAAGACGUCAGGGUGAUAGCUAUGAUCACUAAUGAAGUGGAAAAUGGCAAGAGAAAAUGUGAAAGGUAUUGGCCGUUGUCUGGACACGAGGAGAGGUUCGAUGGUCUCAUAGUCAAGGCUAUCUCAGAGACACAUUAUGAAGAGUAUCUUCUUCGCGAGUUCGAUGUCAGUGACGACAAGAACUGUCGAACUGUCUUCCAGUAUCAGUUCACUGCAUGGCCCGACCACGGUACACCCGGUGACCCUGAUGGAGUGCUGUCCUUCAUAGAUGACAUCAACCGGAGAAUGAUAAAAAAUUCACAAGAAUCUGAUGCUCCAGAACAGAACAUCCUGUGUGUGCAUUGCUCUGCUGGCGUCGGCAGGACGGGCACAUUCAUAGUCUUGGACAUGCUAAUCGAUAGAAUAAAGACAUCUGGAUUCAACUGUGACAUCGAUGUGCAUUCCACUGUGAAGCUGGUGAGGGCACAGCGCAACGGUAUGGUACAGAAUAAGAUGCAGUACAGGUUCAUUUACCUGGCACUACAAGAAUACAUUGAUGGAAGAAACAUCAAAAUGAGAAAGAAGAUGCGGGUGAAUGUGAAUAUUUUAUGCGGAGCGACUGACCGUUUGACUUCCUCAACUCAAUUGGUCGAGAUACCAAUUUCAUAAGGUCUACACGUCAGAUGCGUGAAUAAAGAAACAACCAAAGUUGAAGAAUUUAGUGUUAGUGAUCAUAGCUAUUUAUAAUUUAAUUAUUAUUAGUGGAACCAUGUAUCCAGUCAGUCAUUAUAAUUCAUAUUUAAGUCUUUUAAUAAAUGUCUGUGUAUGAAUA